UUCAAACUGCAUUUUUAUUAUUUACAGAACUCUUGUUGUAAACGGUAUUAAUAUUAAGAAAAUGCUAGAGUUUUUGCUGAUCGUGUUUAUUUGCUUGCUAUUUCUUAAGUAUUUACAAACACGUAAUGCAAGGGGUAGGUUGAAUUUACCUCCUGGCCGUAUGGGUAUCCCCAUGUUAGGGGAAUCGCUGCAAUUUCUACGCAAAAAGGCAGAGUUUUUCGAUGAAAAACGCAAAGAACAUGGAAAUAUAUACAAGACGCAUUUGUUUGGUAAACCCACAAUACGGAUAUCGGGAAAGAAAAAUCUUGAAAAACUGUUCGCUGCAGAGAACAAACUUCUUCAAUGCUCCUAUCCAUCUUCAGUUCUGAACAUCCUUGGAAAGAAUACAUUGGUCGCCACAACGGGCCAGUUACAUCACCAAAGAAAAAUGCAAAUAAUGAAAUGUUUUUCUCCGAAACUCCUAGACCAAAACUUGCCAGUGAUUUCUGAAAUUUUGACAGGACGCAUUUACGAGUGGUGUCGCCGUCCAUCAAUCGAGGUCUUCUCCGACUGUCAUUCCAUGUUCUUAGAGCUGGCGUCCAAUUUCUUAGUCAGUAUGAAUAUGCCCAAAAAUGAAAGAGCGAAGAUACAGACCCUUUAUAAUGACAUCACAAACAAUAUCUUCACACUUCCGCUGAAUAUACCCGGAUUUGGUUUCCAUAAAGCACUUAAAGCUAAAGAACAAUUGAAGAAACUAUUCCUGAAGAGAAUAAAAGAAGACGGAAAGAUCUCCUCUGAUCAGUUCCCAUCAGUGUUGAAAUAUUUCUGCCAAAUUCAGGAUUCUGAAUUGAGCGAAGAUGACCUUCUAAAUGGAAUUUUUGAACUUAUAUUUAAUUCUGGUGAGACAAUCAGCGCUGCAGCUAUUUGUGUACUUUGUCAUCUUCAUACGCAUCCACGGGUUCUUGAAAAGCUGCGGGAAGAACUAGCGGACGUUGACCUUUUAGCUUCGCCUGAAGAAAAUAACAACGACGCUGUUAACGUUACGUCAGACAUUAUUAACAAACUGCCUUAUCUAGACUGUUGUUACAAGGAGGUAUUAAGGGUAACACCCCCAGUGGGCGGGGCUUAUAGAAAGGUUCUCCAGACGUUUGAACUCGAGGGCUAUACAAUUCCAGAGGGCUGGACCGUGGUUCUAGGAAUCCGUGACACACACCAAACAGAUAGCACCUUAGAAGAUCCUCUAACGUUCAAGCCUGAGCGAUGGCUUGAUGACGAUGUGUCCGACUUAGCCUUCUUGCCGUACGCCAGCGGAGUCCGGAGAUGCCCCGGAAAAGGAUACGCCCAUUUGGUCUUGAAACUCUUCAUCAUCAAACUAUGCCAGCAGUGCAACUGGACUUUGUCGGAAACUAAUCCAGAAUUAGUAGCGAUGCCAACUCCGAGACCCAAAAACAAACUGAUGGCGACUUUUUCCCCACGGGAAUCAAAGAACUGAUCAUCAUAUCCCGGCCCUCACCACCCCUCCAAAUGCACGCUCCAAAUACUCAGAACCGAUCAUCAUAUCCCAGCCCUCACCACCCCUCCAAAUGCACGCUCCAAAUACUCAGAUGUUAGGUGGUUUUAUUUUAUACGGAAGGGACAAAGUGACAUUUGACCUGAAAUGCCACAAAGGGGUGAAAAUCCGUAAGCAGAAUAAAAUCUCCCUGUUAGGGUGGUGUGUUUAUUGAAAUAUAUCGUCUAUAUACCGUUGUUUGGAGCUGUUGUGCUUCUUAGAAUUUGUAAUGUUUGUAUGUUAUACUCUUUAGAAUUUUUUUUUUUUUUUUUUUUUUUUACUUUUGUGCGUUAUAUUCAUAAUCCCGGUGCCGAUUCAUUUUAAUCCGCUUUUGGAUAUCUUUCUUUUGAAUGAUUCUUUAUACAUGUACUAGUAUAUUAUUCAUUUAUUAUUAAAAUAUAGAAAAAAGAAAUAGUUUUUGUUUUAAUUAGUGAUUUCAUGCAUAGAUUGUAUAAUAUUUCCUCAACAGUCAAUAACAUUUUGAUUAGAUUGCAAUUGUCCUACGAGAGAUAUAUAAUUCUGCUGAUUUUGGUAUAAUGAUUAUGCAACAUGCGUAGCAGGUACGUAGAACCGGGUGGGGGUGGGAACCUGCCCCUGUUUUUGAUAACGUACAUUUUCCCGUUAUUAUAACCCCCGCAACAAAGUUGUGGGGGAGGGGGUAUACUGGAAUCAGGUCCAUCCGUCCGUCUGUAGACGCAAUGGUUUCCGGGCUCUAUUAUCCUUUCCACCUACAGUCACCAUAUCAUACAUGUAGACUAUCCAUGGGACGAAGAUGUUCCCUAUCGAAUUUGGGGUCAAAAGGUCAAACACACUCCUAGAGAAGAGACUACCCAAGGUUUUGUCAUGCCCUUUCUUUUCUACACUCAGGAAAGAGGUAAUUUAUACCUAUCAACACCCUUUUGGGGAUUGGGGGUAAGCGAGGGUAUUCUUAGUGAGCACCUUUUGUUAUAACAUGGAAAGUAAGAUACGAUGCAU